ACUCUGUGCCACGGAGUUCUGCUUCUGGGUUUGUCACGAGAGGACGAGAAGGAAAGCAGUUGCACGGAAGUCAACAAACGAGGAGGAGCAGCUGAGGGGAUGCGAGGAGGGGUGUGGGUGAAAUAAUGAAGGGGAAGAAAGUGAGGUGGGGUUGUUGCUCAAACCCAGAUCUGGGUGUUUCUCAAACCGAGAUCUGGGUUUCACAAAUCUGGGUUUUCUCUAGUGAUUUUGAUCGUGGUUUUUUCUUUGUAACUUUGAAAGUUGAAACAUCUCUGCGGAUUUUAGGUUGUCACUAUUGUUGUCUUUAAUUGUUGACAUUUUUCUGCGCUAAGAUUGAAACUUGUUUGCUUUCCUAGAAAAUUUGGCUCGUUUUCUUUCUGGGUUUUCCUUCUUUCUGGAUUGAAACAAGUUCGUCGGCGAGAAUCGUGACUAUGCCGACUUCGUCUCUCGCCUGGACACCUAAUCCAUUCCCAAUUGCAGCAAUUAGGUUUAAGUUCGACAACAAGAUCUCAGCCUUUCCUAGGAGGGAAGGAAAACUAAGCC